ACAGGAAAUGAGAAGCACAAACCCACCCCAGUCCUUGCUUAGUCUACUUUAGUGGUCGGCUUUAGCCACUUGAAUGAAUUUGUAACUGCAACUGGGAAAGAACAGAAAUAAUAAUAAUAAUAAUAAUAAUAAUAAUAAUGAUGGAACGGACCGUGACAUACAAUCACGCCUAAAAAAUAAAAUAAAAGCAAACAUUCUGCUUUAUCACUUUUGCCUGUGGAUUUGCGACCAGAUUGUGUGUUAUUAGUUCAGAGCACAGAAGGAAGGAAAAGGGAUCCCCUCGCUAGCGAAUCCCAAAGAUUUUCUGACACUACUGUAUUGAACAAGAUUGGAUUUGGCACCCAUUCAUCUACCUCCUGAAUAUUGAUCUGAAGUGCAGCUCAGAUGGAGCAGGUCUCAGAUGAGGAGGUUGACCAUGCAGCGGAGGAGGACAGUGACAAAGAGGACCAGGACCUCGAUAAGAUGUUUGGAGCCUGGCUGGGGGAGCUUGACAAGCUGACACAGAGUCUGGAUGAUGGGAAGCCAGAUCAGCUGAGGAAAUCGCCACUCCGUCAAGAGACCAACCUAGCCAACUUCUCCUACCGCUUCUCCAUGUAUAAUUUGAAUGAGGCUCUGAAUCAAGGAGAUGCCGUCGAUCUGGAUGCUCUUAUGGCUGACCUCUGCUCCAUUGAGCAGGAGCUGAGCACCAUCGGGUCCAAGCCAAAUGCACCCAAGCACGCCCAGCCAACAGAACAGAAAGUCAGGCAGAAACCACCGGCGGGGCGCUCUGGUGCCAAACACAGCAGCAGUGCCCGGGCGUCCCCUUCUUCCACGGUGCGGGGCCACAAGACCAUGCAUUCCAACUACUCCCUGGAUGACAUCACAGCGCAGCUGGAGCAGGCGUCCAUGAGCAUGGAUGAAGCGGCGCGGCAGAGCGGGCCCUCGCUGCCCCCUCCCACCAUCCAGCACCGCAGGACGGGCUCGGCGGGCACCGUGAGCGACGUCGACGUGCACUCCAUCAGCAACUCCUCGCGCUCCAGCUUCAACUCUGCCGCCUCCAGCAUGGACUCCCUGGACAUCGACAAGGUGCUCCGACCUCAGGAGCUCGACAUCCUGCAGCAGGGCCAGCCCUCCACAGAGCAUGCUCCUCUGCGGCGGCCCAGUAAGCAGACAAAGCUUCACCUCGACUUCACGGAAGAGGAAGUGGAAGUCGACCUGAGCACUCACUCCUAUCUGGACAGGGAAACCUCCCUGAUUCUGAAAAACAUUGCAGGGAAGCCUUCUCAUUUGCUGACCAAGGAGGAGCAGGCUGCCAAGCUGAAAGCAGAGAAGAUCAGAGUGGCUCUGGAGAAGAUCAAAGAAGCACAAGUAAAAAAGCUGGUGAUCCGCGUGCACAUGUCCGAUGACAGCUCCAAAACCAUGAUGGUGGACGAGAGACAGACAGUCAGGCAGGUCCUGGACAGCCUCUUGGACAAAUCCCACUGUGGCUACAGUCCUGACUGGUCACUGGUAGAGACCAUUUCUGAACUGCAAAUGGAGAGGAUCUUUGAAGAUCAUGAGAACCUGGUGGAGAAUCUGGUAAACUGGACGAGAGACAGCCAGAACAAACUCAUGUUCAUCGAACGCAUUGAGAAAUACGCCUUGUUCAAGAACCCACAGAACUACUUGCUGGGAAAGAAGGAGACAUCUGAGAUGGCAGACAGAAAGAAGGAAGCCCUGCUGGAGGAGUGUUUCUGUGGAAGCUCAGUUACAGUCCCAGAGAUCGAGGGAGUCUUGUGGCUUAAGGACGAUGGGAAAAAGUCCUGGAAGAAACGCUACUUUCUGCUCCGAGCCUCUGGGAUCUACUACGUCCCCAAGGGCAAAGCGAAGGUCUCACGGGACCUGGUAUGUUUUAUUCAGCUGGACCACGUUAAUAUUUACUAUGGACAGGACUACCGCAACAAGUACAAAGCGCCAAGUGACUACUGCUUAGCUUUGAAGCACCCCCAGAUUCAGAAGAAGUCUCAGUACAUAAAAUACCUCUGCUGCGAUGAUGUCAGAACCCUCCACCAAUGGGUGAACGGGAUUCGUAUUGCCAAGUAUGGAAAGCAGCUCUAUGUGAACUACCAGGAGGCAAUGAAAAGGACUGAGGCAGCAUACGAUUGGUCAUCCUUGUCCAACUCAAGUAUUAAAUCAGGAUCCAGCUCACCCAGCUUACCAGAGUCUCACUCAAAUCACUCUGACAGCGGUGUGUCCGAUAGCUCGUCCUCAGGACAUGUUCGCUCCCAGAGCAUCGUCAGCUCCAUCUUCUCCGAGGCCUGGAAGCGAGGGACACAGAUGGAGGAGACUAGCAAGACCAGGUUGGAGUCUAUCAGCAAACCCUACCCCCUUCAGCUGCCUCAGCCUCCCCCACAGACCAGGUUAAGCAAAAGGGUCCAAAGGGGUUGGGCUAACGUCUUGGCCGCGCAAGGGGGCAAUCACUUCAAACCGCCCUCCUUGGGCCAGCAGGCCCCACUGGCUCCUCUGGCCUCUCCUUCACAGUCUGUGAAGCCCCAGAUAACCAUCCCAGCUGGAGCUAAUGUACCCCCUCCCCCUCCACCACCACCUCCGCCACCCCCACCAGUCGGACGUUCCGCCAUGGCGGUGCUAAAACCAGGGCCUCUGAGCCCGGCCGUGCCACUGCUCAUGCCACCACCACCGAAAUUCCAGAGCCACCUGCAGAAUAAUGGUUUUCAGCACGCCCCACAGACCCCGCCACCGCCUCCUCAGCCAAAGUUCCAGUCGCUUAGCAACAGCGGGUUCCAGGCAGCACUGUCUCAGAAAUUUUCAGGCCUUCCCCAGAAUAAUGUAGGUCACGUGGCCCAGGUAGAACCCCCACCACCACCACCACUUCCAGCUCCGGCCCCAGCACCAGCUUCACAGACUUCUGCCAAACCCUUUGGAGGAUUCCCACCACUAACUGCUCCCAAACCUCCUGGGCCAGGUGCUGUGCCAAUGCCUAUAUCUCCAGUGGCAACGAUGCCCCCUCCCCCUGGUCCUCCACCAAUGAAGAAGCAGAAGAGCUUUUCAGCUGGCCACUCCUCUCUCACACCUGCCCAAAACCAACCUCCGCCCACCCUCCCCAAACAGCACAGCUUCUCUUACAAAGCCCCACCAAUGUCUGCACCUAUUUCUCCAACCCCAACCCCCUCCCUAGUCAAACAAAUGGCCAACCAGUUCCCUGCACCACCACCUCCUGUUCCUGCACAGGCAGAGCCCAAAGCACUGCCCCCUCAGUCACCACCUGCUGUUAAAGCCAAACCCAAGUGGCAGCCCGGGGGCCAGCCCCAGUCCCAUUCCCUGAAGGGUGGUGGGGAGGGGGGAGGGCGAGGGCGACCCACACCUGCCGCUCCCCCUGCCCCGCCAUCAAAGAGUGGCUCUCCAGUGAAGAAGGCCUCCAAGACGGCCAGCCCUAGCGGGAAGAGGCCACCUCCAACACCCCAGCGGAACUCCAGCAUCAAAUCCACGAGUUCGGCCGAGUACCACGAGUCGAAGAAAGUUGAAAGCCUGAAGAACAAAUUUGGACAGGCUGCGGAAUCGUCAUCCCCAUCCUCCUCAGGAUCACCUUCUAAGGACUCUACUGGACCUCCAGCCCCUCCGAAGCCAGGGAAGCUGAAUAUAUCCAAUCUGCCCAUGGUCUUCCCACAGGGUAAGGGCGGGACCAGGGAGCCGACGUCUGACUUUCCCUCUCCUCCUUCAGACUGUGACUUCCCUCCACCCCCACCGGAUUAUGAGCUGCUCCUCCCUCCCCCGACUGAGCCCCCUGGUGCACCCAAAGUUGCCAUUGUCAACCCCCAGCCCCAGGCCUGGAACAAAUCCUCCCUGAAGAAGACACCCCCACCCACGCUGCCCCGGCGUAAUGACGGCACACGCCUGUCCCUAGGAGAAGGCCCUGAGCCGCCCACAACACCUCCUCCACCGCAGCAGCAGGAGACCCCACAGCCUCCCACCUCACCCAAGGGAAACUUGUCCGUGCAGCCCAAUUUCCUGGCGGACCUGAACAGGACUCUGCAAAGGAAGUCCAUCACCAGGCACAGUUCCCUCUCCUCGGCGCGGCUGUCCAAAUUAGAGCCGACAACCACCAUGGACGAUAUGGCCCUUCCGCCGCCCCCUCCCGAGCUUCUACUUGACCAACAGAAGCAGGGUUCCUACGUGUCCAGCAACAUCUCAGGCUAUGCAACGUUACGGCGUGGGCCCCCUCCUGCCCCACCAAAACGGGACCAAAGCACCAAACUCACUGGAGAGUGGUAAUAGCAAAACCAACAGACUGAACUGAUAUAAGGAGUAUUAAUCAUUACAGACCAGGAUACCCUGUUAUAUCCUUAUAUUUCACGACUGACCAAACAACCUUUAUGGCUUUUCAAUGGUGUCUUUUUGCAGCUUGUUCCGUAGGCAAUUCUAUAACAUGACAAUGAGAAUGACUUUUGUUGCAAUAUAUUGGUACUGCAUGGGACUCAUCAUAAAUGAACACAUUUAAACACAUGACAGCGUUUUGGGAGGGGUGGUGGUGUAAGAGGAUGGAAUAUAGUUAUAGUUUAUAUUUAAAAUUAGAAGCUAAAGACAUUUUAAGGUUUAAUAUAGAUAAAAUGUUGCUCCCCAUAUUAACCACAAAACAGAUAUAUUAAAGUGAACUUCGUUAAGAUGUUCAUUUAUUUAAUUGGAAAGCAUUUUGGAUUCAAGUGUAUUUUUCUGUUCCUCUGCUUACUGUGCAUAAUGAAGUGGUAUGCUUGCUUUAAAAAGGUUGAAACCUGUAUUUUAGUGGCCCUUGUAUAGUCUGUUAAUUUCAAAUUUUUGCUAAUAAGUGCACAUAUGUGUAAGACGUUUACUCUGAUGCAAAGCCGGAAAGAGACUUCUGCAUAUUGCACCAAAUGGUUGAAAACCUUUAAUGUGAUCACUUUACAACUGGAAUGAACCCAAGAGUGUCUCAAGUGUUUUCUGGAUGCAAUGAGAAGCAAACUCCACCUCUGCAAGCGUGGAUCCGUAAUGAGUUAGAACAGUGUGCAUCACUGAUUCAGAAUGUGACAUUGUGUAUGUCUGUAUGUAUAUAUAACCAGUUCUUGUCUUUUAACAGCUCGCUUUGGCCUAUAGUCUUCCAGUCCUUGCUAUUCUUAAGUGGUUUUCCAAGUAUACUGGGGAAUAAGUUUACAGUUAUUGGUUAGGAAAGUCUACAAGGGUGAGCAUGUCCUAUAGCACCUGUACUGCCAUUACUGAGCGUGCUACACUGACUUACAUCUCAACACAAUUCCUCUAGUGCAAUAACCAGGCUCAGGGUGAUUACUACACAGAAACACCUUGUCUUCUUAAAGGGUGCUACAAAUACCUCUCAAACAGUUCUGUGACUGUGACUACAGUAUGAGGGACCAAACCAUCAAAUAUAACUUAAAGGACAUACAAUAUCCAUUGAGAUAAACCUUGAGUAUGACUUGCCUUUUAGGAUAGACUGUUUUUAGUUGCCUAGCCUUAAAUGAGGUGUACAGUAUUGUUUUGUUUCAGGGUUUUUUUUUUUUUUUUGGUUUUAUUUUUGUUUUUGUUAUUUUUUUUUGCAUUGGCAGUGAAAUGUAAGAUCUAUAGCAGAAUUGUGGUUGUCUAAUGCAGGCCAAUUGAAAAGUAAAUCUUUUUUUAAGAGACAUAACAAAUAUUACAAGAUUACCUUAUGCAUAGUUCAGAUAAGCUCAGACGCCCCCUGCUUUUUCACAAGGAGCAUGCUCUCCGUAGUGAGUGCUUACUGCAAGCUGUCCUUAUGAUGUAACAGUUUAUCAUAUCAACUAAAGCUACCUGCAGAAGUACCUCAGUAUUCACUGACAGUGCCAUCAGGCAAUGGUUGCAAACCUAACCCUGUAGCCUUGAGUUAAAAGUAAGCCAAGAUGCUGUAAAACAGGCAUAGUUCUGAAAGCGGCAAUAUGCUAAAACAGAUUCAUUGCAAACAAAAAUUCUGUUUUAUGUUUGAUGUGUUUUGUAAAUGCAGACCUUGGUGCAGUGGUUUGUGGGUUAUUAAAGGCUGCAUAACCCACAGCUAUAGACUGUUCUGUGUACACUGUAUGCCCGUGAUGUCAAAGUAUUUGUAUUGGCUGAAAGAAAACGCACCAGGGGUUAAUGUUUUGAGGGGUAUGUUUCUUUUGUAUUUAGAAGCUUGGCACGUUUUGGGCUGCAUUGACAUAAUAUGACAUAUAUAAACUGGUAAGUCUGAAAUGGCCAAAUGAGUUUUUAAAGUCAGGAAUAUUUCAUAUAUAUUAUUAAUGAGGAAUCAUGUCUCUUGCAGUUAAGCUAAAGAUCACAAUAUAAAUGUAAAAAUCAUACACAUGGCUCUGUUGAAUGGCUGUUUUAUUUUUAAAGAACAUUAUGUAGUACUGUUUUUCUUUCUUCUUUGUGUAUUCUGCCCAGAGUUUUGUGAUCAGUUUUUUAUAUAGCAUUUCAUUCUCUUCUGCAGCUUCGCACAUGGAUAUCGAUGUUCACAGCAACCCGAGGGAGAGACAGUAUGACCUAGAUUCUGGGUUGCCUGUCGCUCCAAUUGUGUUCUUUUCAUGACGAUACCGUGUAUCCCAAUUUUUUAAAUAAUAAAUAAAGAAACAUAAAUCCAA